CAACCCUCACCCCCAGAACAGCGUAGACGAGGCGAUGAUCGGCUACAAGGGUCGGUCCUACAUGUUACAGUACAUGCCUAUGAAACCCACGAAGAGGGGAUUCAAGGUUUGGGUGAGGGCAGACUCUGUGAACGGCUACUUCUGCGACUUCGAAGUGUACACCGGGAGAGCCGUAGAUGGCGACACGACCUCGGAAUUUGGUCUUGGGGAGCGGGUUGUGCUUGAGCUGACAGAGUGUCUGAGGGGUGGCCACUAUCAGAUCUACUGUGACAACUAUUUCAGCACUUGCCGCCUCUUCGACACUCUGUUGACCCACCAACUCUACGGGUGUGGUACAGCUCGC